ACAAAUGAGUAGCACGACUCGUCCUCUCUGUGGCUCGAUCCCCCAACUCCCCCACUAGCGCUCGCCCGCUAGGGUUGCAGGCCGCCGCCGCCGUGUCGCUCGACAGCCCGCCCCGGCCUCGCCUGACUCCGUCCCGGCCGCUGGCCACGACGCCCGGCGCCGCCUCUCCCGACUCCGCCCCGGCCGCUGGCCUCGACGCCCGACACCACCUCGCCCGACUCCGCCCCGGCCGCUGGCCUCGACGCCCGACGCCGCCUCGCCCGACUCCGCCCCGGCCGCUGACCUCGACGCCCGACGCCGCCUCAGGUAUUCUCGUCUCUCCAGCCGCCAGACACGAAGAAGUCCGCGACUCUGGCGGCGGUUGCCCACGGCCAAUAAGAAGGAAGCCGCAGCAGUUCCAGGGACAAGAAGAUGACAGCAGCCAAGACCAAGAGGCGCAUGUCCGAUGGAACCGCCGGACGCAGGCCUCGAAAAAGGGCACGCGAUCUCCCCAGUCCCAGCCAUGGCGAUCUCAUCAGCGACCUUCCCGAUGCCAUCCUAGGGAGCAUCAUCUACCUCCUCCCAACCAAGGACGGCGCCCGCACGCAAGCUAUCUCCCGGAGAUGGUGUCCGCUCUGGCGAUCCGCGCCUCUCAACCUGGACGCCCACGACAUCUGCCUCAACAAGUUCAAGCUCUCCUCCAUUGUCUCCAGCAUCCUCCGUGAUCACCCAGGCCCGGCCCGCCGCUUCUCGUUCAACCACAUUCGCCUGCACACAACGAAGAAAAAGUUGGCUGAGGACGCUGCCCAGAUCGAGAGCUGGUUCUGAUCCCCAUGCCUCCGCAACCUUCAGGAACUUGACAUCAGCUUCGAGUUCUGGGGUGGUUUACACGCGUCAGUGUACCACUACCAGCUGCCAUUACCAUCCAUGAUCCGCUUGGCGCCGACUCUUCUCGUGGCCCGGAUCGGCAUGUGCAAACUCCCAAGUGACAUUGCAGCGCCUUCUCUGAAUUCCCCCCUCCUCCGGAAGCUCACUCUGUGGCUUGUUUCAAUCUCGGAGGAAGCCAUAGACGUGCUGCUCUCUGCCUGCCAUGUUUUGGAGGCGCUGUUUCUGCAGGACAUUCAUGAUGUGGGUCGCCUCCACAUUAGCUCGCCAACUCUUAGGAUCAUAAGCUUCAGCGCUACUCUCUUUGGCAGAGAAGAAUUGGUCGUCGACGACGUCCCUCGCCUUGAAAGGCUUCUUUGCCGAGGUGUAGAUUGUGAGACUAUUCAAAUAAACAAGGCGCCUAAACUGAAGGUAUUGGGGCCUUUGUCACCACACGUCUCCAAAAUCAGGAUUGCAAACCUAGUCUUCCAGGGAAGGAUCCCGCCCAGCUUAGGCCAUUCGAUAUGCACCGUGAAUAUUUUGGCUCUCAAGUUUUCUGGUCCUGAUUUGAAGGCGAUUCUCGGUGUUCUCAGCUGCUUCCCCUGCUUGGAGAAGCUCUAUGUCAUUUGGGACAUAUAUUUGAAGGCAAAGAUGAAAAACUUGCAUCAGUAUGACCCACUAAAUCCAGUCAAAUGCCUUGAGAGCCAUCUCAAAGUACUCGUGUUGAAGAAUUACACAGGUGGAGAGGAAGAAGUUGGAUUUGCCAAGUUUUUUGUUUUCAAUGCGAGGGUGGUGAAGGAAAUCAACUUUGCAGUGUGUGACAGGAUUGCCAUCGACAAGAAUUGGAUGACUGAUCAACUCAGGCUGCUACAAGUGGAAGCUAGAGCUUCUCAGGACGCUCGGUUGAAAUUCAGAAGCGGUUAUUCUCACUUGCAGACCAAUUAUGUCAACUCAAGUGACUUGUCAAUUGCCGACCCUUUCAGCUGAUGUUUUGCAAAUGGGGUCGAUCCUCUUUCCAGGGAAACCAUAUAGUAUAUAUGUGCUCUGUCAAUGGCCUAUCCUAGUGAUGGCUUCCUUGAUAGAUUACGCUGAUAGCUGAAGAUUCUGUGUGUCUUUCAGUCAGUGGUUCAUGCUUGUGUUGAGGACUGAAUUAUCCCUCCUUUUUUUGCACAUAAGUAUGUCAUUUUCUAAUUGUGCGCUUGUGCCGUGCUUGUCGGGAACAUCUGGAAAUGAAGGAACUCAUUCGUCUCCAACUCCGAUGUUGUUCUCAAA